ACUGGCUCACUAAGGCUUGUGUGCGCGGAGGCGAGGACCUGUUAGCGUAUCACGUGCCACAUCCUUAAUGAAGUGGACACACCAGGGGCGCCCGCGUGCGCAUGCGCCGGGUGCAAAAUGUAGUUGGAAAUGAGGUGUCCGUCCUGGAGAAGUCGACUUUUAAAAAGCAUCGGCAGCCCCUGAUAUGACGACUUCGCUGCUUGUGCACCCACGCUGGGCGGACACCUUGAUGUACGUUUAUGAAAAAAGCCCGAAUGAGAGCGGGCCGACGAAAAGCCAAACAAUGGAGGGACUGAGCGGCAAUUGCCCCGCGACCCACUGCAGGGACCUGAUGUCGCACCCCGCCCUGGGACGGCACUCCGGCACCAUCGCGACCCACCACCAGAGCUCCGUCUAUUCGGAUAUUUCAUCGCCGGACCCCGCUCGCCAGUGUCCCGCCCCGCAGUCGUCCUCGGGCGCCUCGCUCGGUUACGGCUACCCGUUCGGGGGCCCCUACUACGGCUGUCGGCUGUCCCACUCUCACAACGUCAACUUGCAGCAGAAGCCGUGCUCGUACCACCCGGCGGACAAAUACGCCGAGCCCACCACGGCGCUGCCCAGCGACGAGCUGGCGAGUCGGCCCAAAGAGUUUGCCUUCUACCCCAGCUUCGCCAGCUCGUACCAGGCCGUGCCGGGAUAUCUGGACGUGUCGGUAGUGCCCGGAAUCAGCGGCCACCCCGAGCCGCGACACGACGCCCUCAUCCCCGUGGAGGGCUACCAGCAUUGGGCUCUCUCCAACGGCUGGGAUGGGCAGGUGUACUGUUCCAAGGACCAGACGCAGUCCAGCCAUCUGUGGAAGUCGCCCUUUCCAGAUGUUGUGCCGCUGCCGCCUGAGGUGAGCAGUUACCGGCGCGGCCGUAAAAAGCGCGUGCCUUACACCAAGGUGCAGCUGAAGGAGCUGGAGAAGGAGUACGCGGCCAGCAAGUUCAUCACCAAAGACAAGAGGAGACGCAUCUCGGCCGCCACCAACCUCUCGGAGCGCCAAGUCACGAUCUGGUUCCAGAACCGGCGCGUCAAGGAGAAGAAAUUCGUCAGCAAAUCCAAGAACAAUCACCUUCACACCACUUGAGGAGCCGGCGUGCUCCUGCGUCGCGUUUACCUCCGCCUCGGGGGAAUAAGAUCGAGAGCAACGAGCAUCUUGCUUUGUUUUUAAGUUCACUUCCAUCUCCAUCAAAAGAACACAUGGCCCGACCGGUUUCAACUUGGGAGACAAAGUCUCUCAAAACUGUGAAAAUACCGAAAAUGGACUCCAUCUUUGUUUUAUAUGACUGUACAUAUAUAAAUAUAUAAUAUUUAAAACGAUAUAUGUAAUUCAAAGUCAAGUAUUGUGUGUUUUCUUUUUUUGAUGAUGAUGAAGAUGAUGAUUAUUAUUAUUUUCAUAAUUCUCUCCAAACCAAAUCACAAAAGGACUGAUGACGUUUUUAAAAAAAACAUGACUGAUGUUUGCUGACUUUAAUUUGAUUGUUGUUGCUUUUUUUUGUUUGUUUGUUUGUUUGUUUGUUUUUAUCGCCAUACGACAGGAAUGCUUGGCACUUCAUGUCAGGUUGCACCCAAAAGACUUUAAGACCCUCAACGAGAAAAUAAAAAUAUUAGAAAGAAAAGAGGAAUAUUUGGGGUGAGCCAUUCUUUUCUUUUCCCCGUUGAAUUCAAAAGCGAUGAUCUCCUCUCCGCGGGACUGUUUGUUCUUCUAAGGCUGCGAUGUUGUUUAUCUGUGUAGUGCAAUGCCUUUUUUAAAAAUUAUUUAAAUUCAUCUUACGUAUGGCCGAAGUGUAUCCUCGAGUAUCCAGUGCCUGUAUGUUCUCUUUUUUCUGUUUUCUUUUCUUUUCUUUUUGUUUGUUUGUUUUGUCCAAGAAGGAUUCUGUCAUGCAUCUGCAAUGAUUGUAAAGCAUUAAAGUCAGUGAGUACUACA